AUGUCUACUCUUCGUUGGGGAAUCAUUGGCACAGGUUGGGUCUCCGAGAAAUUCUCUACAGACUUGAUUAAGUUUUCCCCUUUCAACGAGACAGGCAUCACUCAUGUGGUAACUGCUGUUGGAUCUUCCUCUGUGGAGAAAGCUAACAAGUUUGUCGAAGGUACCUUAGAGCCAUUGAUUCAAUCUAUUGGUAUCGAGCAUCCACCAAUAACAGCUUCUACUUAUGAUGACGUCUACAUCAAUCCAGAUGUUGACAUUGUCUAUGUAGGAUCACCCCAUGUGAACCACUUGGAGAACACUCUCAAAGCAUUUGAAGGUGGAAAACAUGUGCUCUGUGAAAAACCUGUGACAGUGACUGCUAAGCAAGCAAAGAAGAUUGUGGAUACUGCCAAGGAAAAGGAUUUGUUCUUCAUGGAAGCUCUUUGGGUGCGCUUUUUCCCGGCCAACAGAUCUUUAAUUGACCUCUUGUAUGGACCUCAAAAGGUGCUUGGAGACAUCAAGAAGGUCACGGCCAAGUACACCUAUGUGCUAACUGAUAAAUUCAACAUUACCCCUGAACACAGACUUGUGAACAAGAAACUUGCAGGUGGUGCUAUGUUGGAUAUUGGUGUAUACCCAUUGACGUAUCUUCGAAUGUACUUAAACCCAGAGCUGGACCCCAUUACCGACUGGAAAAUCACUCAAUCUGAGAUUGUGUUGGAUAGCAUGACAGGAAAGGAUGAGGAUAAGGUGGACUAUUCUGUGAAGGCCUGGUUUGAGUUGCCCAAAUAUGGCCAGGAAGCAGAGAUCGAGGCAGGCUAUUACGGAGGCACGCUGGAUUACGAACAUUGUGUAAUUGAGGGAACGAAGGGCGUGGCCAAGAUCAGAAAUGCUGGCUUCCCGGGUACUUGGGAAUAUACAAUUGAGACCGACGGAGAUAAAAAGGUUACCAAAUUCAACAACUCGGUCCCGAACACUCUCGGUUUCUAUUUCCAAGCAGCUGCAGUCGGUCAAGCAAUUGCUAAAGGAGAAAAGCAGACAGUCAUAGCUCCGUGGAGCGACAGUAUCGCUGAGAUGACCAUCGCGGACAAGAUACGCCACGACAAUAACUUUUUCUAUCAGGAGGACUAUGAAACUAAAUUUAUUAACGUUGGUGAAGGCAUGGAGAGUACUAGAACGGGAACAAUUGAUCUUGAGUUAGGAGAGAGGUGCAAAGCCGAAAUAGGCACGACUAACUUGGAAAAGGUCAAGCUGAAACAUGAAUCUUCAGUUAGGAUUACCUCACAAGCUCUUCAAGAGUCUUCUUCAGAAGAGUCUCAACUAGACCAGGUUGACGUCUACAUUCCCGAUGGAGGUGCCAAGGCGUGGAUCAACCUUGCCGGCACUUUUGUGGGGUUGACUGGAUGUAUGGGGAUCGUUAAUUCCAACGGUGCGGUGGAAGAGUACAUCUCACACAAUGUGCUUCCCAAUACCUCACAGUCCACCAUUGGAUGGAUAUUCAGUUUGUUCAAUUUCUUCAUGUUUGGGUUCAUUCUCUUUGUUGGACCCAUUUUCGAGAGUUAUGGUUCUAGGAUAUGUAUGGCAAUUGGAAUUGGCUCUUUCACAAUGGGAUACAUGGGCUUUUCAUCUAGUUCAAAGAUGUACCAGUUCUUGUUGAGCAGUGCGAGUAGCGGAUUUGGAUUAUCGUUUAUGUUUGGUUCUAGUGUUGGUAUUGUGGGACAGUAUUUCAGAAGGCGUCGCGCAUUAUGCCUUGGUAUCGUGUUUUCUGGAGGUGCUAUUGGAGGCAUUUUGUUUCCAAUUAUAAUGAGGACAUUGUUUCCCAAAAUUGGCUUUCGCUGGACCAUAAGAGUUGUGGGAUUCAUUAUUAUCGCAUGCUUCGUUAUUGAGGCUAUUCUCACAGUUGACAGGAACGACGUUAUCAACCCAGAUGCGAAGAGCCAGAGUUUCUACCAGAAAACUUUAGGAAAAAUUAAGCUUGGAGCUUUCAAAGAGUUCACGUUUUCGACUUUGGUUAUCUCCAUGAUGUUAACUGGUUUUACGUUCCUCCUUACACUCACAUACGUGAUAUCUUACGCUGUCGCUGCUGGCUACACCUACCACGAGGCCACCAACUUGGUCGUUGUGAUGAAUGCUACAUCUAUUGUGGGUAGGAGCUGUGGAGGAUACUUGGCAGAUAAAUUUGGACGGUUCAAUAUGUUUUUAGCUGUUAACACCACUUGCACAUUCUGCUUUUUGGUGCUUUGGUUGCCUCACCCUAUUGCACACUCGUUUAAGGGUCUUAUGGCGUUUUCGGCCAUCUAUGGAAUGGCUCUGGGUUCCAACCUUCCUCUUGGGCCUUCUACCGUCGGACAGAUCUCGAAAACUUCCGAAUUCACCAGCAGAUACGGAACUUCUAGUAUGUGUAACAGUUUCAUUCACCUCAUAGGAGUGCCGAUUGGAGGAGCCAUCAUCGGCCAGGGCAAAAACUUGAAGGGUUACGAUAACAUGGUGAUUUUUAUCGCAUGUUUGUCGAUAGUUGGAUGGGGAGCAGCAGCAGCAUCAAGGUAUUCGCUUGCUGGUUUUGCAUGGAAAAGAGUAUGA